ACUAGCAAAACAGCUGUGUCGUGGCUAAAGCUGGUUAGCAUCGUUUGUUAUUGACGCCAGAGAGACAGUGUGUGUGUGUCAGCGCAUCGAGAGACCUCCGUUCACCGCAGAGAAUCAGCCCCGGAGUGACCGACCCGUCGUCCGUCAUCUCUCCGCCAUGAAGUUCCAGUACAAGGAAGAGCACCCGUUCGAGAAGAGACGGUCCGAGGGCGAGAAGAUCCGGAAGAAGUACCCGGACAGGGUGCCAGUAAUCGUGGAGAAAGCCCCAAAAGCAAGAAUAGGAGAUCUGGACAAGAAGAAAUACCUUGUCCCCUCCGACUUGACAGUGGGACAGUUUUACUUCCUCAUCCGGAAAAGAAUCCACUUGCGAGCGGAGGAUGCUCUCUUCUUCUUUGUAAACAACGUCAUUCCACCCACCUCAGCUACCAUGGGACUGUUGUACCAGGAGCACCAUGAGGAGGACUUUUUCCUCUACAUUGCCUACAGUGAUGAGAGUGUGUACGGGAACAGCCAAAGGGAAAUCUGAUCCCACUACCACCCCCCCUCCAACCACUACCCACCUUUCUGAGACCUCCACCGUUCAUUCAUUUGAAUAUUAAAAUCCAACUCGGCAGCCUUAGAGUUCCUAGAGUAAAAAUGUCAAAUGCACUUUCACCACCCAUGCAUUAUUACCCUUCUCCCAUUCAUUUCUGUCUUUAUUAUUCUGCAGUCUGAAUUGUAUUUGCCUCCGCUUUCUUUUCUGCAACAACCCGGGUCAGGUGGUCUCGUGGCCAGUUAUUUUUGUAGAUUGUAUUUAAGUGACAAACAAGAGAAAGAUUUAAGAAAUAAUAUUAGGACUAGGCCAUAAUUAUAGUUACUCCAGGGUUGGGGAAGAAAGUCGUAGAUUGUGAGUUCAAAUCAGCUCUCACUGAAUAUGGGGAUAGUCGCUUACGGUGGUCUGCAGGAGGAUAACAUGUCUUUUUGAUAGCGUUGUCUCGGCCAGAGUCAAGAAUAACAGCAGUUCCUCUGGUUGAUAAAAACCCUUUCCUGGCUAAGUUGAUUUAAAAAGGAAAAAACUCUCACCAGUGACCAGCUGCCCUGCAUCUGACCCGAGUCAGGAGUUUAAUAGAAUUCAGACUAAAAAGAAAAACCAUCCUCUGCUUUCAGUGGUAAGACUAUUCGUUUGACUGCUAUUAUGAUUAAUGUUUAUUAUUGUUAUUUUUUAGAUGGCUUAAUUUCUGAAGGUAUUGUGAAGCUGAGUGCAAUUUUCUCUUUUUUUUAAGUUUGUCUCCUUUUUAAAAAAAAAAAAAGAAAAUGAUUUGAACUCUGUAUACAGCUGCAUUACUGGCUCUUUCUCUUCACUCAUGCUCGUACAUGAUAAAAUGCGAUGAAAAGCU